AUGGAAUGUGCCAGGAGGGGGUCAAGUGUGAGGCCUCGUUUUUCGGACACUAUUGUCAAUACAUUGACCACUGUCUAUUUUCCAGUUGACCUUUCCUCGUCAGCCACAACGGAGGAGACCAGGUUAAUUGACAACGACGAUAGCACGUGCAUCGGCAACGCGGCCAAGACCAGCGUGACCUUCAACUUUACUGACAUGGUUGUGGUGGAGUUUGUUCGGAUUGUAGUCAACGAUGUGGGUUUUAGAGACACGAUAGGCGUGAGUUAUAUGAAUGCCGAUAAAGAAAUCAAAUGCUCACGCCUCAAACGGCUGGAGAUCAACCCCACAACCUCGGAGAUCUACUGCUCCCAGCCCGUGGCUACCACCGUGUUUGUGCUCACGGGGACAGGUGUAAAGCACCUGUGUACAGUCAGCUUGAGUGCAGGACGAGACCUAGCACUAAAAACAACGACGAGCAGCUCCUUGGUGGAAGCCCAGAUGGUGUCUGAUUACGCCGUGGACUUUGACGUGAACUCAUUGACCUGCUUCCAGACCCAGGUGUCGUUGACUUCCAAGGUGUUCCUCAACGUGGACUUCCCGUUUCCCUUCAGUCUUUUUAAAAUAGUUCUCCGGAACUACCGAGAGGGCUUGUACGACAUGCUGAACAACUUCACCAUCCAGUACAACGAUCGGGACGCCAAAGCUAUCACCAACGAACAGAUCCGAUACAUGGUCGCCAAGCGUGAGUACAGCAUCCUGCCCAAGGUUAACGUCAGCCAACUCGUCAAGAACAUCCAGAUCUUGUCCGAGGACAAGAGCGUGGUACAGAAUGGAUAUGUUCUUUCUGUGUGUUUAUUUCAGGCUUUAGGGGGCUGUCCCCCGGGGGGGUCGGGGCUUGACUGUUCCACCGACUGCAGUCACUGUGCAGGGAAGGAAUGUAACAUCAUUGGGCUGUGUUACAACUGUACUACAAGGAACAAUGUAACAUCGUGCAAGCGAUCAUGUGGCAACUGUGGGGGGGACGGGUCUUGUGACGUCAAUACCGGCGUGUGCAAGCAUGAGUGUAAGCCCGGCUUCAAGGGCCUCAUGUGUCACCAGCAGUGCCUGAACUGUGGUGGCAACAAGGCCUGUGACCGGCAGCACGGUUACUGCAACCAGGGCUGUGCCGGCAAGUUUACCGGCCCAGCGUGCACGGAACGUGAGGUAAGCACAUAG